GGGCGGCGCAGUGUCUGCUCGGCAGGUGCGCGUGGCGUGGCCGUUGGGAGCCGUUGGGAACCGUUAGCAGCCGUUAGCAGCCGUUAGCAGCCGUCGGUGCCGAUGAGGCCGCAGGAGGUGUUGCUGGAGGAGCUGAAGCAGCGGGCGUGUGAGGGCGUGGAGCUGAAUGCGGCGCGGCUGGGCGCCCUGAGCCGCAGCAUCUGGAGCCGGCCCGAGCUGGCCUACGAGGAGCACCACGCUCACGACGCCCUCACCCGCUUCUUCGCCAGCGGGGAGCUGCCGGGCGCCGCCUGGGCCGUGCGGCCCCGCUACAAGCUGGGCACGGCCUUCCGCGCCGAGUGGGGCACCGCCGGGUCUCAGGGACCCCGGGCCCCGCUCCGCCUCGCCUUCCUCUGCGAGUACGACGCGCUGCCCGGCAUCGGGCACGCCUGCGGGCACAACCUCAUCGCCGAGGUGGGGGCCGCCGCCGCCCUGGGGCUCAAGGCUGCCCUGGAGAGCCUGCCGCAGCCUGCUCCCAUUGCCGUGCAGAUCGCCGUGCUGGGGACGCCUGCGGAGGAGCAAGGAGGUGGCAAAAUUGACCUGAUAAACGCCGGGGCGUUUGAUGACCUGGAUGUGGUGUUUAUGGCGCACCCGUCUCAAGAAAACGCAGCGUAUCUGCCUGAUGUAGCUGAGCACGACGUGACUGUGAAAUACUAUGGAAAAGCUUCUCAUGCUGCUGCUUAUCCUUGGGAAGGAGUUAAUGCAUUAGAUGCUGCUGUUCUUGCAUACAACAAUCUGUCUGUUUUAAGACAGCAAAUGAAACCAACCUGGAGAGUUCAUGGCGUAAUAAAAAAUGGUGGUGUGAAACCUAACAUUAUUCCUUCUUACACUGAGCUGGAGUUUUACUUGCGUGCCCCGUCAAUGAAAGAUCUUUCUGUUCUGACAGAGAAGGUUGAGAACUGCUUCAAAGCUGCAGCACUGGCCACAGGAUGCAGAGUAGAAAUAAAAGGUGGUGAGAAUGAUUACUACAAUGUGCUUCCAAAUAAGAGCCUGGAGAAGGCUUACAAGGAAAAUGGAAAGAAGCUUGGAAUAGAAUUUAUAUCAGAAGACUGUAUUUUGAAUGGUUUGUCAGGUUCCACGGACUUUGGAAACGUUACCUUUGUAGUCCCUGGGCUUCAUCCUUAUUUUUAUAUUGGCUCUGAUGCAUUGAAUCAUACUGAGCAGUACACAGAAGCUGCAGGGUCACAGAAUGCUCAGUUCUAUGCUUUGCGCACAGCAAAAGCUUUGGCAAUGACAGCACUCGAUGUCAUUUUCAAGCCAGAUCUUUUAGAACAAGUCAGGGAAGACUUUAGACAAGUGAAGCUAAAAGAAGAGGGGCAACUAAAUCCAGCAGAACCUGGCAAAGAAUCUGGUGUUGACACAGGAGCAUGUGCAUCACACUAAGCUUCAUUAAACAUCUCAACAAGGGUGACUUAAUGGAGACACUAUUUGAAUCCCAGGAGGGGCUGGGUAGGCAAGUAGCUGAAGAAAUGUUGAUUUUCUCCUGUGCUUUAGGGACUUUAGGAGAAUCAAAUAGUAUGACUGCUUUCAAAAAUGUGCACUUCCAUGUAGCUGUAAUGUUUGCUCUACUCAGUAUUGUGAUAAAUUUCAGAGAUAUCUCAAAUACAUUGUCUUUCAGUUGCAGUGUUGAAUAAAUGAUGGAUCCCUGUAAGUGAAUUUAGAUUCCUAUUUGGGAUUUCUGAAUGGGAUUUCAGAUCCCUAUAAGUGAUUUUUUCUGCAAUAGUAAUAUUCGUUAUAGGUAAAUACAGCAUUUACGUGGAAGCUUCUAAAAUAAGUAUUAUUCACUCUGAUCACAGGUUGGUUCUGACCUAUGAAGCAUUUCUGUCUGGCCUCUUCUUGGGGCAGACUUUUGAAGUCUGAGCUGGUUUCAGUGGAGAAAAGGGGUACAUGUUUGGAACCAUGCCUGUUUUUGAUGAUAGUGGCCUCUACUGAUGGAAGAGAAGUGUUUAUAUAGAAUAGGAUCUGUAAAAGUUGACUGUCCCGAAAAGCAUUGACCACCUCCCUGAUAAACUUCUGGAGGUAUUGUGGAGGGGUCAUCCAAAAAAAAAAAAAAUAAGCAACUAAAUAUGUUUAACAUGAGCUUAAAUGUGUUGAAGUUCUAGUCGAGGGCAUAAGGUGUUGCACUAGCUUAACUGAUUUAAAGAAAGUGUAUAAAUGUAGCUAAACCAUUGGAAGUGCUUUUUUAAAAAGAUGCAAGUGUGGUACCAUGGUACUGAUUAAGGUAACCUUAACUUGCUGUGUGCAAGCUCCUAUAGUAAGCUCUGAGAAGCACUGAGGAUUGCUUGCGCAGUAACUGGUUUCUCAAAACUGUUUGUUCCUGUAUCCUAAGCAUCAGAUCUGUUAAGUCUUUCCAGUUGUCUUUUCUGUGUGGUGUGUAGUUAGCUUGUUUAAUCCUUAUUACUUCUCAGAGAAAUUAAAACAGCAAGUCUUGUUAGGUGGUGUUCCCUGUGUGAAAACCUGUUAGGAAUCUUUUUAGUUGGCUCAUUAGAGGCUCAUUAGAGGAUCAUAUGAAUAUAAAGAGAAACUGAUUUUUGAUCUGAUACAAAUUACUGAGAAUAAUGGAUAAGCUGAAUGAAAAGCAGCUUACUGGCUAACAUUUUCCUAAAUGUAGAUGUUACAGUAAGCUUCUGAAAAAAAGUCAGGCAAACUAUACCCAAGAAAUCAAUAUACCCAAAAUAAUUUCAGAAGCAUUGUUUGUAGCAGCACAGAUCUCUAAAUGGCAAACUCUAGAAGUCUAAUCAGGAUUUAUAUUUUAUUAAUUACUAAAUUCUGUUUCUAAUUUCAAAAGAGACAGAUUCUUUAGUUAAACUGUUUACUCCCUCUGCAUUUCUGUUUCUCUGCUACUUUUCUGUUUUUGAGUUGGAAUGGUGGGAUCCCAGUGAUGGGAGGAAUAUGUUCAGCACUGCUGUGCAAGCUGAUGUGCAUUACUGCCUGCUCCCUUCUCUGUCCAGACUAGCUGUUGGUUGCAUCAUGUCCAAGAUCAUUAAACAUCUCUAAUAAAAGCACAUCCUAACGUUGUUGCUAACAUUGCUGAAAUGAAAACUGUUUGAUGUACUGAUUAAAAAUGAACUGAUACCAAUAAAACAAUGCAGUUAUGACUGA